CUCAAGAGAGACGCAGCAUACUUUUGCCGAGGAUGUGUGGUCGUUGGGAACAACACUGUAAUUAAUCAUUUGGGUUUGAGUGAAAUGGGGCAAAAGAAUUGCAAGUUAAAGCCUGAAUUAGUCACCGAACUGGUUCGCAAAACCUAUUGUGAGUCGCUGAUCUACAUUUCCAUUAUUGUAUCACUAUUGCAGCUUUUAUUUUAGUCAGACAGCUACAUGUAUGACGUCUAGCUGUCCUCAAUCGUUUGUCCACGAGGAAUCGAUUGGCGGCACUUCGUGUAUAUCACUUCGGGAAAUAUUUUUUUAAGGACUUCUUUUAAUUUAUUGUAUUUACUUCUGUUUCAGUCAGCGAGAAGGAAUUACAACAAUGGUAAGUUCCUGUAAUACAAAGGUGUUCGUGCUGCUCAAGAACAGAUGGCUCAUUUAAAAAAAUUAAGAGCUGUCGAUAACUUGAAUUCGGAAGUGCUAAUGUGAACGAUAUAUAUAUCUCACAUAGGUAUAAAGGUUUCCUCAAAGACUGUCCAUCGGGCAACCUUAAUGAAUUGGUAAGUAGAAUUUAGCUUAACAUUUGAGUAAUCUUCUAUGAACAUCAAAGUUGCGCGAUUUCGCGUUUAGUACGCUAAGGAAGUUACGUGAAGCACUGGAGUAACAUAGCGCUCUGAAGACUAUUAGAGGCGAUUUUGAAAAAUAAUUUGAAACUUGUUAAAAAGGUUGCAAGGAAAUUGCUCUUGUCUCUUCUAUUCUCAGGAGUUCCAGAAGAUUUAUAAACAGUUCUUUCCGUUUGGCGAUCCAUCCAAGUUUGCCUCUUUUGUUUUCAACGUAUUCGACGAAAAUAAGGUAAAUAUAUUGACUGAACAUGAAUUUCCCUCGAAAAAAUCUCCUGGACUUGUUAGUCAAAAGUUUCGUAAAAUAUCUGGAUUUUAUUUUUCUACAAACGUGGCGAAGUUAAGCCAUCGAAACAUGCUGUGUUGACAAUUGAUAUCUUGUUUUUUCAGAGAACAGCAUGUGUUGUAAAACAUCUUGUAUAAAUUUCAUGAAUGAAACUAAUUUGUUUAAUUAUAUUCCAAACAAUUCUAGCGAAUACCGAUCAGAGAUUGAAGCUAAUUUUACAACCUUUUGGUGAACUAAGAUGUAUUGUGGUAUGGAAACUGGGAGGAAGUUCCUUUUUAUCGCGACGUGGAACCGGUGGCUUUAGUAUCGCACGAAAUCAGACUGUUUAUUCUCAUUAUAAUUGCAGAUAAAUCGGUCUUAUUACGUAUUUCAAUUCACAACAUUCCCUGCCGAAAUUCGUAAUUAUAAACAAUAACUUUUUUCUGUCUCAUUUAAAUUUUCCAUGCUACCAUUGACACCAGUGGAAAAGUGUCCCUAGAGCGUGUUCGAAGACUCGACAUGACUAAUUACCGUUGAGAAUUCAAGCGUGAAUGGUUUCCUUUAUCGCCAGUUGCUUUCACAGUAUACAUACGAAGUAGCUCAAUGAUUUUUCGAGUAUCGUGAAGGAUUAGUGGUCACGGAAGAAUGGUUUUGCUAUAAGGAGAAAGUUUAUGAAAACGCACCAUAAUCUUGAAUUUAUAAUAUUUUAUUUAAAGAAUGUACAGUACUUAGUUUUUGUCUCUUAAAUUAGUCGAUCGUCACUUCGACCUUCAUUAUUUAUCCUUGAGAAAUGAUUUUAGUCUUUAUUCUAAAAUCAUAAACGCACUCUCCAUAUUGAGCGAGAAAAAAAUCACAGGCAUGAAACUCAGAAUUCAAAGUUUAAGGCUUAGUAUUACUUUUAUUUUGCGAUCGCUACACCGAAAUAGACCGCAACUUCGUGUUUUGAUUGUUGCAAAAGAUAUUAAGUCCUCUGCCUGUGAUGUCAGACAGACACUACCUUAAAAAUCGUCGGACGAAAAUUAAUAACUGAGAAAUCAAACCUUUGUAUUUUUAGAACUUUAAAAAUUCUUAAAAUUUGGAUUGUUACCGAAAACACUGUGCCACACGAAUGUGCAUUAUAUCAAUAACUAGAAAAUGUGUUCCAUGUUAAGUGACAAACCCCUGGAGAUAAAUAUUGUUGUGGUUAAAUUUAGUGCUUGUCUUCUUUAUGGAAAAAGAAAAGGUACCAUCCACAAUGACAACACAAAGAGUGAAAAAUAAGCAAAAGUAUUUUAGGAAGAUUGCCAAAACAUUUUUAAAUACAGGUGAGGAGCAAAAUUUUUAAAAUUUUUAAGUUUUUCUCCUACUUUUCAAUAAUUGAUAAACCUUGGUAUGAUGCAAUUUUUCAAGAAAAUAGAUUUUUCAAUGUUACAUUUAUGCAAAUCUUAUUACUAAGCAGAUAUUCUAUAUCCCCUUUUACAAAGACUUAAUCCUUGGUAGGCAAAUGAUUAACCUACCUACAAAAUCAUUCAUUUCAAAACAUCAUGGAUUGUGAAGUGUCAUUUGUAUGCCUUCUUUCCAUAAGCCAUGUCUAAAUUAUUCAAGUAAGAUCUCUGUUAUAGUGCUUUUUCAUGAUUCAUGUGCUCACAAUGGAUAAAAAAAAUGAUUGAUCUACAGACAUCAAGAGACAAGAGACAAUUGAAAAAUUAAGGGUUGUCAGACUAUUUUAGCCCUGCGUUGUUAUUAAUAGAUUUUCACCAUUUGAUUGAAUGAGCAUUUAGAUUUGUAUCACAAUUAUCAUGGACAGCAAUAAGAAGGGCAUUUUAUUCAUAAUAUAGGUAUGAAUUCCAGAUUUCCCUCAUGAUGGAGAUUUGCCAUGAGAUUAAUAUCCCAAUGAGGUCAAACUUAAAUUUGAAGAAUCAUUUUUGACCCUAAUUCUUCCUCCAACACUAAUCCAUUUUCUGGCAGAACAGUAAUAUUUUUUUAUUUCAAACCACAUCUUCAGUCCUAAAAUCAUGAGAAUAGACAACAAACAUUGCAUUUCAUAAAUAUUUAGAUCCUAGGAGUGUAUGGGUUAAUACAGAUGAAUCUUAUCUUUGAUUUUCACAUGGUGAAAAGCUGACAUUUUUGUUAUUUUCACCUUAGGAUGGAACUAUUGAAUUUAGAGAGUUUAUUUGUGCUCUGUCAGUAACCUCAAGAGGAAGUAUUGAUGAAAAACUGCAGUGUAAGUGACUUGUACUUUUCUAAUAUGAGGUUAUUAACUGUGUCAGUAGUAAUACCUAGCCCAUAUUUACCUUUUUGUUAAGUGUGGGGAAUUGUGAGGGAGAUGAAAAGUGAAAUAUUGAUAAUUCAUAAAACUACUUAAAAUAAUCAAUUCUAAGUCUAUAAGCCCAUUGUCUGACAGACAAAUAUCUAUCAGAGGUUUUGUAUUGAUUAAUUUUUUUAAUCCAAGAUAUGAAAAAAAAAUUUUUUUCAGGGGCUUUUAAGCUGUAUGACUUGGAUGAUGAUGGUUAUAUAACCAAAGAGGAAAUGCUUCAUAUAGUGGAUUCAAUUUACAAAAUGGUGGUAAGUGAGGGAACUUGUUCUCUCUACAGCUGUACAUUGUCAACCCUUUGGCCCCUGACAGUGACCUGCCUCUAAUUUCUCACAAUAUCACCCCCAAAUCUUUCCUUAAGGUCUCAAGAAUAAAAGAAAUGACCACCUACUAAAGAAGCUCUAGAUUAUUAAACAAAUUCUCCUUGUCAGCACCUCAGGAAAUUAUAAAGAACAGCAGUGAGAAUAUACAUACUGAAUGUGAUGCAAUAGGGGUAAAGGGUCAACACACAAGUUUUAGCCGUGAGGAUUGGAAUACUGGCAACCAGUGUAGACAUUUUAACAACUAAUUUUGAUUCAGUAUAUAAAAAAACCUUAAAGAAUUUACUCUUUUACAGGCCACCAUGGUAAAGUUACCAGAGGAUGAAGAUACUCCAGAAAAGAGAGUGAAUAGAAUUUUUAAUCAAAUGGAUACUGUAUGUACAGUAAAUACAUUUAAUUACAUUAAAAAGACACAUAGAAAGGAAUAUUUCAUAAAUUUGUCUAAGUAUGUGUUUUUGUAG